AUGGCGGCGUCGCCUACUCUCAUUUUUCUGUCGCUAUUAUUUGCUCUUGCUAAUGGGAUCCCUGAUCCACAGCAGGAUGGCGGAUCUGCAUCGGCCGGCUCGGACUCCUUCAGUCUACUCGCCGUCAACCCCCUGCUACCCCCUGCCAGACUCCAAGUCUACAGGGGACAGUGGACGCCCCUUUUGCGACGGCACUUGCCGAUUACAAAACGAGUUCUAAGGGGUGGGCGACACGUCUGCAGAAUUGAGAUGGAGGAGUUAGCUCCAAUUUUCUCCGUCGCAGGUCACCUGGAGCCAAAGAAAUUCGACUGCUCCUUCCAGGAUGGGGAUGUUCGCUAUUACCACGAGGGGAACCCUCUUCUUAAUGUGGACACCGUCAGGGUGACAAUUUUCUUCUUCCGCAACAACUACUCCAUCAUCCAGACUGCCGAUAUUCCCGUUGACAUACUUGAUCACCCGAAAUCCAUGGAGAUAUCUGGCAGACAGGACCAGCGUCCAAGGAUACGCGGCUCACUGGAGCUUGACGUAAAAAACAUUAAAGCAGGCAGUCAGGCGAUUAGUCCUUCUGUUGUAAAAAUUGACUACAAACCAGAAGAGGAGGAGUGCUACCUCUCAUUCACGCGUCCAGACCUGCAGCCAGCAGGUCGCCAGCAAAACGAGCAAAGCCGCCUCGAGUUGCAGACGGGGCGUCCCGUCGUGACACCCUGGUGGGAGUCGAACGCGGGCCUGUGGGCGCCGCGCCUCGGCCGGCCCUUGGCAAGCGGACCCGCCGUUGGGGGCGGCCGACGGUACCUGCAUCGGAAGCCCAACAGUCCUGGCAUAGAUUACGUGCCACUCCAGGUGACGAUUUGGAAGAAACUCCCGGACGGUGAUCGGGAAUUCGUGACGAGGGAAGCGAGGUACCUUCGCGUUAACAUCGUCGGAGCUCGCCCACCGGAGCCCCCCGUGAUUCGAAUCUUCCGGCAAGUAAGUUUUUUGGAUGGCGGUGCCAUCACACCUCUAAUACUCUGUUCAGAAUUGUGA